AGAUAAAUUGUAAUGACAAAUAUAAACACUUGUGACAGUUUAUGAAAAUGUUAAUAUAUAUAAUUUACAUUGCACAUAUAUUGGAAAAUUGCUUCUCAGAGAAUAUCCAAAUAAUAAAAGUUUUGGGAAAUAAUUAAUAUUAUUUUUAUUGAUGAUAUUUCUUGCAAUUCUUUCAAUAAUCAAUGUUCUAUGAUAAAUCUGCAUUUUAUAAAUAAUAAUUAUAAUUCUUACGUCAAAAAUAAUUAACUAUCACGUGCUAUCUCUAUAUUAAUCAUAAAUUUAAUUAUAAUUUUUUUCUUUGCAACGCUAUUAUAUUCCAUUUUGAAUUGAUAACAUGAUAUAUUACACAAGAAUAGUAACAAUGACUAUAUAAAUAGCUUUUGGAUUAUAUGAUACAAAAAUGCAUUGGAUAAUAAAUCUAUUUUAUAACUAGUUUGUGGUUAUACGUUAUAUUUUUAUUAUAUUUCUAUUACAAUUCUAUAUCACAAGAAUAUUAUCAUAUAUUUGUGAUUAAUUAAUUAAUCAUUUUAUAAUUAUAACAUAAGUGUUCGUAAAAUCAAGAUUACAAAAGCUGACAAAAAUGUUUUUGAACUUUAAAUUCCUAUAUAUUAAAACUAUAGAAUAUCAACGCACUAUACUUAAAAUUGUCGACAAGCAGUCACUUUUUCUAUGCCCAUUUUAUAUAUAAUUCACAUGACACAUCUGUGUUCAAGGAAAAAGAACGAAGAUGAGGGGACUGUUUCCGCCCCUAAAGUUUUUCUACUAUAUAAAUUUAUAUACUAUUCGCUAGAAAAAUUAAGCCUUUGUUUAUUGUCAUGAGAUAAUUAUAAUAUUAUAAUACUUCUUUGACAAAUUUUGUACAUAUAACAAUUUCUAAAAGUGAUUGUAUAUUUAUGUACGCUUUUUGUACAACUCUUUUUAAUUUUAACUACGAUUUGAAAGGAAAUUAAUGUGAUCUUUACUAAUUUUUACUCAUGGCUUUACGUAUGAUGUCAGCAAUAGUGCCAAGCACACAUAAUAUAAUUGAUUCUAAUCAAAGUUAUGACCAUGCAUCAGAACGACAGAAACUGUUGGAAAAUUUAUUGGCUUCUGCAAAAAAGUGUCAUAUUAGAUUUGGUGGGCGUACUGAAUUAGCAACUGAAUCAGAUAUAUGUGUCACACAAUUAUGUCAUAUAUUUGAAUCAAUUUUUAGUCAUGGAUUACGUACAAACUGUAUUGAAAAAAUUAAUUCAGCUUUAAGGCAUGUUUCAGACAUAGUGUCUGGUAGUAAUACAAAAUCAUGUAAUACAUCAGAUAUGGCAUUUUGGCCUUGUAUAAAAGAACAAUUAACAUGGCAUGAACAAGAACGUUUUAGUGUAUUGAAAAAGGUUCAUACAGAUUAUGGCAGAGGUAGAGCAUGGCUUAGAGCUGUUUUAAAUGAACGUUCUUUAGAACGUCAUUUACAUGCUAUACUUGAUCCUUCAAUACUGUCUCCAUUUUAUGAAGAUUGGGCAUUUUUACUUGAUCAAGAACGAAGUGCUGUAUUGCCAAAUGUAGCAGCAGGACUUGGUAGUAUUUUAUUUGCAAUUAGGAUAGAUAAUGAAGAAUUAGAUAAUAAUUUAAAAGGCAGAGAAAUGGAUAAACAAAAGGUUUCAUUAUCUGAACCAAUUAUAUCAUCUUCAAUACCAGGGCCUACUUCAAAACAGAAACAAAGAAAAAAAGUGCCAAUCCAUAUAAUUUCUUUUGAUAAUGAAAAUGAUGAACAAGAAAACACAGAAGUUUCUAUUUCAGUUAGUGCUCCUCCAACUUGUCUCAAUUCUCCUACAGUAACAUCAACAAAAACCUCUACAUCACAUAGUUUAGUUUCACAAUCUCAAAUAGAAACAAAUAAUAUCACUACAAUAACAAAUAAAGAAAAUUCUGAUUGGGAAAAUAAUGAAACCUUUGAAGAAGAAAAAAUAUUAACACCAAUCACAAAUUCUGGAAGUAUGGGUGGACUUGUUCCUGUGUCACCUUUAGAUCAAACAUUAGAUGAUAUGUUGAUAACAUUACCAAGUUAUUUAGAUGAUUCAUCUGAAGUUGCAGAACCUGCAAUAGAAGCUACUGAACCUUUUAUAGAUUUGGAUAUUCAUACAAAUAAUGAUAGUUUAGAUAUUGAGACAUUACAAGUUAAACUUUUAGCUAUGACUGAAAUGUUAGAACAGGCUAAAGAAGAUGCUAUGACUAGUAGGUUACAACUUGGUCGUUUACAAAGACAACAUCAAAAUUAUCUUGAAAGACAUGAAUUACAAAUACAAGCAUUAAAUCGAGAAAAUGAAUUAUUAAGACAACAAUUACGAAAAUAUGUAACAGCAGUACAAAUGUUAAGAAGAGAUUCAGAUUCUACUACAGUUUCUGAAGAAGAUCCAUCAUUAGAUUAUCAUUAUGAAGCUCAACAAUAUGAAGAGAAAUUAAUUCAGGUUGCAGAUAUGCAUGCAGAAUUAAUGGAAUUUAAUGCUAGAUUAACUUUACAAUUAAAUGACAGGGAUAGGUUAGUUAAAUUAUUACAAGCUGAAUUAGAGUGCCUUCGGGGGCCUAUAAAUGAAGAUGAUUUACCAUUAGAACCACCAUGUCUUAUACAUAUAUGGAUUCCAUCUGCAUUUCUAACUGGGCAAUCUUCUGAUAUACAUCAUGUUUACCAGAUAUACGUACGUAUUAGAGAUACAGAAUGGAAUAUAUAUAGACGAUACGCUCAAUUUCAUGCACUUUAUAGAGAAUUAAAGAAACAUGAUGCAAUUGUUACUACUUUUGAAUUUCCACCAAAAAAGACAAUAGGAAAUAAGGAUGCUAAAUUUGUAGAAGAGCGACGACAAAAAUUACAACAGUGGUUAAGACGAAUUGUUGGAAGAUUAGCACAAUGUUCUCCAGCAUUUGCGUCUAGACCAAAUAGACAAACUCUUAUAUCUUUGAUGCCUUUCUUUGGUGAUAAUCUUAAUACUGAAGAUUCGAAAAAAAACAACUCUGCAAGAAAUACAUUUUCUUCUUCCCCUCAAUACAUGGGUUUAUAAUUAUUAACAUUUUUUUUUAUAGACAAUUUGUAUAUAUAAAAAAUCUUUCUAAUUUAAUGUAUAAAAUACUUAUGUUGUUCUAUACAUAUAUAUAUAUAUAUAUAUAUAUUUAUACAUAUAUUAUAUAUAUUGUUGAUAAUUGAAGAUACGAGCAUAUGCCUGUAUGUAUACAAGUAUAAUUAAUAUACAUUGACACAUGCUGUUUAUAGCUGAUAUAUGUAUAAAAAUAAUAUGUAGUAAAAAUAAUUAAAAAUUAAGUCUUUUUCUACAAAAAUAUGUAUUAUUUUUUUUAUGUGAACAUUUAUGUGAAAUAUUGUUUAAAACUUUAAUUUAUUUAAAGAGAAACUUAAUCCUGUUUUUAAUUUUCUAAUGAGAUAAAAAAUAUAUUUCUUAUAUAUUGUAUAAAUUUAUUAUAUAUCCUAUAUUUUAGAAUAAAUGUUUGAAAAUUAAUAAAAAUAAUAUUGAAAAUAUUAUAAGAUAAAAAUAAAUGAUUUUUAUUAAAAUGUAUAUAAAAGAUAUUAUUUGAUAAAAUGAUGAAAAAAAUUUAAAUAAAAAAAAAAAUAAUGCAAAGAAUAUAAGAAAAAGUGUUUUUAUAAUUAAAUUAUAUAAUAUCGUGUUCAAUCUCGUUUUCUAAAAAUUUUAUUCAUGUAAGGCGCCUUAACAGUAAUAUAAAAAGGUACACUUUUCCAUUUAUACUUUAUGAUAAAAAUAAAAGUGCAUAUUGUUAUUGGAACAAGUACAUACAGUAUUAUGCUGGUAAAUAAUACAACUAAUCGCAUAUAAGAUUCACAGGUUUAACAAGUUGCAUAGGAGUCUCACUAUGGAGAGGUAAGAUAAGAAAAUUUUGCAAAAAACCAAUUAUCAAAGAAUGUAUUCACGCAUAAAUUUUUAUUCCUUGAACGUGACGCUUAUCAAAUAAAUAUAUGUUAUAACAAUGAAAUUUCAAUCGUAAUAUGAAUUAGUAUUUGUACUGAGCGACACAAACUGGAUUUUUUACCUUUCCAUAUUGAGAUAUAAAAAUUUUUUGUAAUAGCAAAGUUUAUCGAAUCAUUAAUAUAAUCAUCCUUAAUACUUUGACUGCCGAAUGUGGAACCAUAAUGUAUUUUUAUUACAAAGGAACCAACGAUACGUCCGUAUAUUUGUUAUAUAUUAUAAUACAUUUGAUGACGUUGCAAUAAGAGUUUUAUAUUGUAGCUCAUGCAAGCAACAACAUAAAUGACAAAUAUUUAUUAUCUUAAAAAUUGUAGUCGCUUAUACUUAAUUCGAUACAAAUGUAUCGAAAAGUAAGACAUUAUUGCAUGGCAGUCAAUGUAUUAAUUGCAAUUACAUACGCUUUAAACAAAUCUAUGGAAUCUAUACUUAUAGCGCAUCGCAAUCAUAACAUCAUAAUCAUAGUAAGUUUUGUAACAUAAUGGUACAUGAUUACAUUACUUAUAAAAUUGAUUAUAAAUCAGAUACAUUCAUUUCAAGUUGAUAUUAUAUAAUAUAAUAAUAUUCUGCUUGGAAUAGGGAGAGAAAAAUAAUCGUAUAUAUUUAUUAAAUAAGUUCUUAAUGUUUCGAUAAGAAUAUAAUUCAAUAUUUAAAUUUAAUGGACAAAUAUAAUUCAUUAACAGAAAUAUAUAAAAAAAACAAAAAUUACUAUUGAAAGCAAUUAAAAUAUUUGUAAACAUGGAUUAUUAAAAUUUUAAAUAUCAAAUAUAAAUAAUAUAUAAUUAUAAUGAUAAAAUAUUCAAAAAUAAGACAAUAAUAUAUCUUUUAUGUACUAAAUCUUAUAUUUUAAUUUGCUUUUAUAUUUUGAAAUUUGAUAAUGCACGAAAAAUACAAUAUAUAACUUAUCACUUAAAGAGUAUUUUAUUCCGUAGAAAAUAUAAGUUCAUUUAUACAUAUAAUAUUCAUGAAAGUUUAUCAAGAUUAAAGAAAAAAUAAAUCUCGAUCUCAAAAAAUUAACAUACUUUACAAUACUGAUACACGGUACUUAUUUGAAAAAUGAUAAUAGUAUUCAUUAAAUUGUAUUAAUUUCUUAAUUUACGAUUCACAGAGAUGCGUGUGACUAUUAUUUAAACUUGUCAAGAUAAGCAAAACAUUAAACGAAUAAGGAACAAACGACAAUAAAUUAUAAAAUAUGUUUAAUAAAAUAUAAAAAUGAAAAAAAAACAUAUAAAAUUUCGAAUAAGAUCAAUAGCUUUGAAUAUUUUUAAAUAUAAUCAUCAUAAAAAAAUCUUUUAAUUAAUAUAAAAAAAAAAUAAUAUUUACUAUGAUUUUGACAAUUGCAUUGUGCCGUUUGGAAAAGGAGUCUAAUCUCUGUUGACUAUGGACAGCUCGUAUUAUGGUAAUUUUUUAUACACAUAUUUUUUUAAAGUUCGCAUUGAUCCACAAGUUUUUUUUCGUUCAACGAACUUUCGCGAGACGCACGAAAAGUACAGAAUUCGUUGGCCUUAGUCACUACGUUCCGUACAAAGAUUUCAUCAUAAACUGUUUUAAAUUAUUAUUUACAUUCACUAGCUUUCUUCGCUGACUAAUUUUGAUUUAGCCCUAGGACAGACUAGAAGGUAGAUAGAUCCUUAUGUAUAAAUUAUUGAUUUUCGAUGUACCGUUGAGAAUUACUAUUAGAAUGUUCAAGACUGCAUGUAAGAUACUCUUUAUAAAAUAUAAAAAUUUAUUUUAAAAAAUGAUCCAUUUCAUUUCAUAAUUUAUUUAUUGAAAAAAUUUUAUAUAUAACUGAACUUCAAAAAAUAUAUAGUAAAUUUUUAAUAACAUAAAAAAUUAUACAUUUAAAAAUAAUUUAUAAUUUUUUUAAUAUAAAAUUUAUAUAAUUAAAUAAUAUAUUUAUUCAGAAUAUUAUUCAGAAUAUAUUUAUAAAUUUAUAUAUAAUAUAUCAUUACAAAAAAAACAGAAAGGUUUUGUAUUCGUCUGCUUAAAAUAAAAAACGAUUAAAUAAUAUUUUAAAUAUUUAUUAAAAAAUAAUGAAUAAACGCUGCGUUUAAUUUACGAAAUAUAUAAAAUUUUCCAAAAUUUCUCUUUACAAUUUUUACGUAAUAAAAAAUUUAGACUGAGCAUCUUACAAAUCUCAACAAUCUUUGUAUUUUUUCUUGUUAUUGUGCGAGAUACUACAACGAUACGUUUGGACAGUCCUAGGGAUAAAUAAAUUCGUAAUUGACAUAAUCAUUUUGCCAUUCUGAAGCCUGCUCAGAUUUAGAUAUGUAAAGAGAAUGUACCGAACAGUAGUCACAUAAGGAUCAUUUAGUUAACGAAUUAAAGAGUACCUAUAUUGUUUCAUAGGUAUCCGGAGAAAUUUGAGCCUAAUUUUAUUUAACUUUAAAUUUAGGUAUAUCCAAAUAACAAGUAAUCUUUAGUUUAGCAGUCUUUACACACAUUCCUCUGUUUGUGAAAUUGACAACAAAAGCUAACAAUAAUGAUAACACAUUAUGCAAGUACAUGAAGGUUAAAAAGUGGAGCCUCAUGAGUGUAGUCAAAAAUAAUAAGGCUAGCUUUCUUCUAAAGUAAUUUUCUUUUUUGCUUAUUAGUAAAAGUAUGAAACUUUUUAUUCACUAUGAUUAAUACAUGUAACGUUAAAACAUUUCUUUUCUCUGUUUAAGUAAAAAUACGCCAACAGAUGAAAUACAUGAUCGAUAAAUUUUUUUUCUUUUUUUUAGAGCGCCUGCAAACUUUACGUUUACAUUCAUGUAUUUUAUAGCAAUGGGAUAGAUGUUAUUUAGGUCCAUAGCGAAAAUAAAUAAAAGAAAAUCUUCUUAAGCUAGAUAGCAGAUUAGUUUUGUAUUGUAUACUUGUUAACUAGCCAGUGCAUUUUGUAUAUAUCCUGACUCUCUCAUUAACCUUCCUGUCUAUUUAGCACACUUUGCCACGCAUUCUAAGGCAUGAACUUUCUAGUGAGCUGGAUAAAAGAGAGCAUAGACCAGUGUGCCAGGUACUUUAUGUGUUAACAUUUUUCACUGUUGUAGCUAGAUACAAUAUAAUAUUAGAAAGUAUAUUACUAUUGUAUUUAAAAAACUGUUCUUCCCUGCUCUUGAUCUUAUAUUAAGAUCCUUAUUCCUCAGACCAUAACUAUAAAAUUGUUUGCAAAACGUUUUGUAUUAGAAAGCAAAAAAUAAAUUGAACUUCUUGAGUGGCUAUGUCUGCAUAUACUAAAUAAUAAGUUAAGCCAUCACACAAAUAACUCUUGAUCUUUUUUUAAAGUAAGUAAUUUGUUUAUAUAAAAAUUAUUAACAAUAUUUGAUAUUUCUUUGAUUAUUUUUAUUGUAAAAACAUUUAAUAAAAGAACUAACAAUUGAUAAUUAUUAACAUAAUAAAAAAAUAUUAUCACAAAUUUAAAUAACUAAAUUUUAAAGAUGAAACUCCAAAUACUUAUAGUAUAAUAUUUCGAUAAUAAAGUUUCAUUGUUAUUCGCGGAUGGCUUAAUCAGGAUUCUGAUAUUACAACACAUGCAUACUUAUUUGUAUAGAACGUAGAUUAUAAAUUUGUUUACUAUGAUCCACGUUUAUACAAAACCCUACACGCACACCCAUACUGUGCCAAGUUAGGGAGCCAUUUGUAUGCACAUCUGAUACCACACUGGCUAAAGCACAUGUCGUUAUUUGUUACUUCAAUCAAUGUUUAAUUUUACCACUUGUCAUAUUUUUACUCAUUACAUUUCCACCUUAUAUCAUUAGGUUCAUUCUAUCAUACAUCCAUCAACCUGUCAUUGCAUGCUGUAUUGGUUGUACAUAUUCAGAUAGUAAACUAACAUAACAUAUUAAAUCAAAAAUUUUGUAACCCUAUGGUAAUAUAAUUAUUAAACAAUAGAAUAUACUCUUGCAAUUAACUUAACUUCCAUAAGUUGUUUUAUGACACUGAACACUAUAAUUGAACAAAGUGCUUGUUUUACUUUCAAAAUAGAAACUUAUUGCCUAAGAGACAUUACUAUAAAAAGAAGCUAUGCAAAAGUGCACAUUUGUACACGUAAUACAAAAUAAACUAUCGUGACAAUUAAUUUAUGCUUUAUCUUACAUACGCGUUCUUAAAAAAAAUAGUAAAGAAUGUACGUGUAUAAUUCUAAGAGAAUAUAAUUCUAAAAAAUAAUGUACCAUAGGGAUACAUAUUUUCGAGCUCCUCAUAUAAUAAUAAUUUGAAUAUUUUUAGCAUAUGAGUAAUAAUACAAAACGAUACAAAAUUCUAACGAGUGUUUUUUGUUUAACUAUGAAUUCGAAUUAUUAAGUGAUAAAGAUCUAAUGAAAAGUUUAUAAAAGGGUACCGGUGUACAUAUCCAGGCACAUGUACCCAUUUUUUAUCUGUAUAAUUUUGUUUUUCCAACAAUCAAAUUUAAUACUCUGACAUUUUGAAUAUUUAUCCCUGUAUACAAAACUAAAGUCGUUUAGCACAUUUUAGCACUAAAUUUAGAAUACACAAUUUUUAUUAGUCUUUCUCCCUGUAGAACACAAUGUUCAUUCCUAAAUGUCGUUUUUUAGUUAUCACAAAUUAUUGUUCCUCGUAUUUAUUAUUGUUUGAAACAUUAACGGAGCUCAGAUGCUUUCAAUAUUUUAUAUCAAUGCAAUUAUAACUUUUUAAUUACACAUUCACGAUGCCCGAACGAACAUUGGGUCGCACUGGAAACAGGCUGUUUUUCGGUAACUUUUCUUUGUUGGUAUAAGCUUUCAUAUCAAAGUAAACCACUUUCUACCCAUGAGGUCAUUAAAAAAAAAUAUAUAUACCAAUCGGGUUUGUGAACAUUAUUCUGUAAGGUAAAGAGCAGGACUAUGGAUUUGGAGGAGGUGUAGUUGGUGUUGUAUGCGAAGAAGGUGAUGCACUGGCAACCAUUGUUGGACUGGCUGGCUGUUGUAAUGGCAGGAACGCUGAUCCCAAGCUAGGUUUUAACUGGAAUGCUACACACGGCUUUGGGCAAUAGUCUAAUUUGCUCAAGUCUAUCAUGGGUCGCCUAUACAUACAAAUAUAAUUGUUUCAAUAAUGUUAAAAUAUUUCUCUGAAUAAAAAAAAUAAUCUUAAAUAUUAUUAAAUAAAUUUUAAUUUAAACGAAUUUAAAUUAUUUUUUCUUGAAUAAUACGAAUUAUAUGCGAUUUUUAAAUGAGAUAUGUAUAAUUUAAUAAAAAAUACGUAACAAAUAAAAUUUUUAUAUACAUUAUUACAAAAUAAA